ACCCUGAGAUCAAGAAGCUGAUGGGUCCAGAUCCCCAGCUGAAGUGGGUGGUGUCCCUGAUGGUGUUGACCCAGCUGGUGGCCUGCUACUUGGUGAAGGACCUGCCUUGGAAGUGGGUCUUCUUCUGGGCUUACGCCUUCGGGGGCUGCCUCAACCACUCCAUGACGUUGGCCAUCCACGACAUCUCCCACAACGUGGCCUUCGGCAACAAGAAGGCCAAGUGGAACCGCCUCUUCGGCAUGUUCGCCAACCUGCCCAUCGGCGUCCCCUACGCCACCUCCUUCAAGAAGUACCACGUCGACCACCACCGCUACCUGGCCGGGGACGGGCUCGACGUGGACGUCCCCACGGCCUUCGAGGGACGGUUCUUCCACUCGCCGCCCCGCAAGCUCCUCUGGCUCUUCCUGCAGCCCGUCUUCUACGUCCUGCGGCCCCUCUACGUCAACCCCAAGCCCUUCACCGCCCUGGAGGUGACCAACUUCGCCGUGCAGCUGGCUUACGACCUCCUGAUCUACUCCUUGUGGGGGCCCAAGCCCGUCUUCUACAUGAUCGCCGGCUCCACGCUGGCCAUGGGGAUCCACCCCAUCUCGGGACACUUCAUCGCCGAGCACUACAUGUAUCUCAAGGGUUACGACACCUUUUCCUACUACGGGCCCUUGAACUGGCUGACCUUCAACGUGGGUUAUCACAUGGAGCACCACGAUUUCCCCAGCAUCCCGGGCAGCAAGCUGCCGCUGGUGAAGAAGAUUGCUGCUGAGUACUACGACCAUCUGCCCUCCCACACCUCCUGGGUCUGCGUCCUCUGGGACUUCGUCUUCUGUGACUCACUGGGACCCUUUGCCCGCGUGAAAAGGAAGUACGAAGUGGCCAAGGCGGAGUGAAACAAGAGUGUCACCCAGCCGAGCUCCCGGCUCUCCAGCCUCUCAGGGGACGGGGGGAGGUUUGACAUCAGGGGAGUUAUUUAUACCUGUCGUCUAAUACCAGAUGUGCACGCGCUUCAUUUAAGGGUCAAAUAUUGUCAAAGACUCCACUGACCGAGACAUGAGUCAUUAGGCAGCCUCAUCGGGCCACGGGAGCACACCUCCUACUAGUGUACAAUUACCCACGCUCCUCCCAGCAACCCACACAGGGGAUGUGGCCAAUGGUACUGGGGCAUGGCUGAGAAGGGGGUGUGGCUAGGGCAUCUCCUGGGAUCCCCAGCUGCUGCUAACAGUCAGCGUAGAUUAGAGCAGCCUUCAGGCUGCUCUGUGCCAAGGACUAGUUUAGCAUCCAGAUGACUUUCCU